AUGCCCAGAACCCUCCAGGUGCUCAGAACCCCCCAGAUGCUCAGAACCCUCCAGGUGCUCAGAACCGUCCAGAUGCUCAGAACCCUCAAGAUGCUCAGAACCCUCCAAGUGCUCAGAACCUUCCAGAUGCUCAGAACCCUCCAGGUGCUCAAAACCUUCCAAUUGCUCACAAUCCUACAGGUGCUCAGAACCCUCCAGAUCCUCACAAUCCUCCAGAUGCUCACAAUCCGACAGGAGCUCAGAACCCUCCAGAUUUUCAGAACUCUCCAGGUGCUCAGAACACUCCAGAGUCUCAGAAUUCUCCAGAUGCUCACAAUCCGACAGGUGCUCAGAAUUAUCCAGGUCCUCACAACUCUCCAGGUGCUCAGAACCCUCCAGAGUCUCAGAACCCUACAGGUGCUCUGAAGCCUCCAGGUGUUCACAACCCUCCUGUGGCUCAGAACCCUCCAGAUGCUCAGAACUAUCCAGGUGCUCAUAAUCUUUCAGGUGCUCAUAAUCUUUCAGGUGCUCAGAACCCUUCUGGUGCUCACAACCCUCCAGGUGCUCACAACCCUCCAGGUGCUCAAAAUCCUCCAGGUGUUCAGAACCCGUCAGGUGCUCACAAACCUCCAGGUGCUCACAACCUUCCAUGUGCUCACAUCCCUCGAGGUUCUCACAACCCUAAAUAUGCUCUUAACCCUCCAGGUGCCCACAACCCUCCAGGUGCUCAAAAUACUCAAGGUGCUCACAACCCACCUGGAGCUCAGAACCCUCCAGGUGCUCAAAACCCUCCAGAUGCUCAGAAUCCUCCAGAUGCUCAGAAACCUACUGGUGCUCAGACCUCUACUUGUACUCAGAACCCUCCAAGUGCUCAGACCUCUCCUUGUACUCAGAACCCUCCAGAUGUUCAGAACCCUCCAGGUGCUCAGAACCGUCCAGAUGCUCAGAACCCUCCUGGUGCUCAGAACCCUGCAGGUGCUCAGAACCCUCCGGGUGUUCAGAAACCUCGGGAUGCACAUACCCCAUCCAGGAGCUCAGAUCCAUCCAAGUCCUCAGAACACUCCAGGUGCUCUGAACCCUCCAAGUGCUCAAACCCUCCAGGUGCUCAGAACCCUCCAGGUGCUCAGAACCCUCUAGGUGCUCAGAAGCCUACAAGUGCUCAUAACCCUCCAGGUGCUCAGAAGCCUACAAGUGUUCAUAACCCUCUAGGUGUUCACAUCCCUCACACAAACAUUUGGACUAUUUAA